GACUGAGAAAUGGUUGGAAUUUGGAAACCGACGAACUCACCGCGCGUAAGAAGGGGGCUCUAGGUACGAGAAUAACCAAAACCAAUAUGGCGGAAAAAAUUGAUUUUCAGAAAUGGAAAUACUGGUGUGAUAUUUUGACUGUUAACAGCAAUGCUCUGCUUCCUUGUGUGAAGUGGGAUGAUGUUAAAAACGCUCUCUCUGGUUUAAAAUUCUGUACUAAGGAACAACAAUACAGGUCUCAUAUAACAGAGGAAAUCAUCAAUCAAUGUAGAAGUUUAAUUGUGAAGUCAAGUUCAUUGGAUUUUGUUCAAUGCUGUGAAAUUCAGGCUGAUGCUUUUCGGUUUUUACGAAAUUGUUGUGCUGGUUCAAAAAAACUUCAAGACCAUGUAAUGUUCUAUGUAUUCUCAAUCUUAAUGGAGAUGCUUGAAAAAAUUCUGGCACAAAAUAAAGACUCAGAUGUGGUGUUGGUGAAGCAAGUUCUUAUUUCGGGAAUUCAAUUGCUGGGUAAUCUGGUUGUUGAUCAUGAAGAGAAUCAAGAAAUUGUUUGGAUGAGAUGCUCCUUUAGCUUUUUUCUGAAAAUUAUGAAAUGUCCCUCUAACGAUGCCAAGAAUUGUAUAUGUAUGGUUAUCUAUAACUGUAUGAGAAAAAACCCGAGAACUGAACUGUGUACGACUGACGAGGGACUCUCUCUUAUUAAUGAAAUUAUAAAAAUGUGUUGGACAAACGAAAGCAAUAUUGAAUGGGGGAUCUUUAUAAUCGAGUCGUCAAUUCAGAAUGGAUCUUUUCAACAAAUCUAUGUUGGUGUCAGGAAUAAUGAUCUAAAACUGUUUUUGCUCGAGUUAAUAGAGUAUAAAUUAAAAGCAAACCAAACGUAUGAUCAUUGUAUCUCCUGGAUUUCUUUGGACAACGCCCUUUAUAUCGCCAAAACAUUUGAGGAAAAUAUUAGUAAGAUCUUAAACGCUGAGAUGAAUUUUGAUGAAGAAUCAUCGAGUGAGGUUAUUCUCGUGAAUGCUUUGUUACGUUUGUUGUGUAUACUUACUUCGUUUCCAGAGGAAUACGACACGUUACGGCAGAGGAAAUGUUUACUAGAGACAACACUUUUUGCACUACGUGAAACAUCCACAGAAGCGAACAGGAAGUUCUUUAGUGAUCUAAGUAAAUUCUCAAACCCAAGCGACAGGGUUUCCAAUUCAACACACCCCGCGUUUGGUUUCAAGAGAGGUUUAAUACAGCUCACUGCUAAUACGUGUUUCCACAACAGAACGAACCAAGAUUGUGUUCGCCAUAUGGGGUGCAUACCCUUACUAUUGGAUCAUUGCAAUGUUGAUGAUUACAAUCCUUACAUUUGUCAGUGGGCAAUAUUUUGUUUACGUAACCUGUUGGAAGACAACCACAAGAAUCAAGAUAUAAUAAAAUCGUUAACAAAACUUGGAAUGGCUUCAAACAGCCGUCUCACGGAAGCCGGGUUUGUUGUGGAGGAGACCAAGGAUGGUAAACUAAAAAUCACAGGCAAACAAAACCAAGAUCCAGCACUGUAAGAAUUAUGGGUGUGCUAUUCAUGGCGGUAUGUUAAAAUUACAGAGACCAAUCUCAGCCGGAGUAAAAGGAUAACUAUAACAUUGGAUUGGAAUAUUAGAUAUUUAGAACCAAGGUAAAAACACGGCUGUAAAAUUGCAACUCUAUAUAAUCCUCUGGCUGGCAUGAAUCGAACACUUCGUCACUGCACCUUGCAGUGAUAUAGUUCCCAUACGAUUUGGCAAUAAGCUAGCUACAGAGGAUCUUGCAUAUAAACCUUUAUAAGCAGCGCUGUGACGUGUUUGCGGACAAAGCAUGUUACCUAUUGGCCAGCUGGCACUAUAGCUGGCCAAUGGGAAGCAUGUUCUAUCCGCUAACUACGUCCAGCGCGAAAUUUUAUAAAGGUCCAUAGAUAUUAAGUCGGUUUUUCACUAGGUGGAGUUUUUCGCUCGAUUUUCAUUUCAAUUGUGAGAAUUCGACCGUAGCGGAUUCCCUUCACCAGUCACAAUUGAAAAGAAAAUCGAGCGAAAAAUUGCGCCUAGUGGAAAACCGGCUUUACUAUCAUAUUUCGUGGCAUCCGGCAUAAGUCUAGCCUGUAUACCAGCCUCGUUCCCAGGCGCUUUAAAUAAAAUAAAAUAUAGGAACACUACAGGCUUUUUACAUAGAUCAGUGAAGCGCCUGAGAACGAGGCUGCCUGAAGCCUGCACACACGGAGUAAUAAUUAUCACGUUUUCCAUGUAUGGACUGGGCACAGGCUAGCAUAAGUCACUUUAUUCAGUAAUUAGAAAUUGAAAUCAGCAGACGGAUGAUAAAUGUUGUGUAUUUUAAUUUUACGAGAUAUAACCACAAUAUUUCUGACUAAAUCUAUUCGCCCAC